AUGAAUGAGCUCAAGAAGCCUAGGGUCAAGGAACUUGCCGCGCCAUCCGCGCCGACGCGCUUCGACUACGCACGCGCGAGCUCACCGUUUCCCCUAGCCCGCGCGCCGUCCGACACAAUGGCCAAAUCCAAGAACCAUACCAACCACAACCAGAACAAGAAGGCUCACCGUAACGGUAUCAAGAAGCCGAAGAGCCAGAGGACGCGCUCGCUCAAGGGUGUCGAUGCGAAGUUCCGCCGCAACCAGCGCUUUGCGCUCGUCGGCUCGCGCAAGGCACGCAUCGAGCAAAAUGCUGCAGCAGCAUGA